AUGCUCCUUCUCUACCUCUUCACAUUAGUCAUCUUUACCCCAAUCCUGGUUGCUCAAGAUGAAGAGCUGACACCUUCCUGCAAGAAAGAAGUCUCAAAUGCCUGUGCCCUUGUCACUUGUGGUCCUGUGGAAAAUGGAUUGCCUGGGAGAGAUGGGAAAGUUGGUCCCAAAGGAGAAAAAGGAGAUCCAGGAUUGCCAGGACCUAGAGGCCCACCAGGAUUAAUUGGAAAUACUGGUCCUAUUGGACCCAAAGGAGACAAAGGCUCCCCUGGAGAUCCAGGCUCAAAGGGAAAUGCUGGAGAAAGAGGACUCCCUGGAGCUCAAGGUUUGCCUGGUUCUCUUGGAAGUAAGGGUUCCCCUGGACCCCAAGGGGAGAAAGGAGCCCAAGGUGAACGAGGACCUAAGGGAGAAGAUGGAGCCAAAGGGCCAGCUGGAAGCCCUGGUCCUGCAGGCAAGAGAGGGUCAAGGGGCCCAUCUGGACCAAAGGGGGAUAGAGGAUCACCAGGGAAGAAAGGAGAAUGUUGUCUUGAAGAAACCAACAAACUGAAGCAAGAAGUGGCUGAAUUGCAUGAAAAUAUUGAGAAUCUCCAGAAACAAUUCUCUGAGCAACAGAAAGUUGCACUCUUUCCAAGUGGUCGAGCUGUUGGGAAGAAGAUAUUCAAGACCACUGGUUUCAAAGGCAACUUUGAAGAGGCAAUGAAAUCAUGCAAAACAGCUGGUGGUAUAGUGGCUUCUCCCAGAAACAAGGCAGAGAAUAAAGCUGUACAAGAGAUUGUCUCAACAUAUAAGGAGCUGGCCUUCCUUGGCAUGACUGACACUAAGACAGAGGGCAAAUUUAUCUAUCCAGCAGGAGAACCAUUGGGCUAUUCUAACUGGAACUCAAAAGAGCCCAAUAACAAAGGUGGUGGAGAGAACUGCAUUGAGAUUUUUUCUGAUGGCAAGUGGAAUGACAAGCCAUGUGAGGAACCACAUCUCAUCAUUUGUGAAUUUUCUUUGGAGGAGAUGUAGUUUGUGUGCUGUGAGUUAAUGAAAAUGUGUUGCUGUCGGUUAUGGGCGAGGAGAGAGAGUAUCAAAAGAUCAACAUGUGGAGGGCCAUUUUUACUGAUCCUAGCUAAUAAAUGAAAAUAGCAA